UGUCUGCCUCCUCCCCGGUGGUGUUGCCUCCACGUCGCUGCAGUGCUUUGCCGCUCUCCUCUCUCUCUCUCUUUCUGUCUGUCUUUCUUUCUGGCUUUCGUACCCCCAGCGCCUCGCCUCCUCUUCCUCCUCCUCUUCUUCCACCUCCUCCUGUUCCUCCCUGCGGAUGCCUCACCCUUGCACCUUCGGCCCAGCAUCCCGGCAAAUGGUCGCUCCAUUCCCGGUAACUCCGGACGCAGGACGCAGCGAAAAGGCGCACCGCUCCGUUCUGAUCUGAUCUGUGCACACUGCGGAUUGACUUAGAAGAGAGGCGGACCAGGCGCAGAAAACAAACGGGGGAGAAGCCGGUCGCUGACAGUGAUCAGGAUCUCAUUUCGCAAUGCCGGUGCCAGAGCAGCCAGCUGAGCAGGAGAAGGGGGCCAUGGUUCCCCCAGUGAUGCCAGCCUCCAAUGGCGACAGAUCUGAGACUGAGACAACCUCCUCCAUCCUAGCCUCUGUCAAAGAGCAGGAACUGCAGUUUGAACGCCUCACCAGGGAGCUAGAAGCGGAGCGUCAGAUUGUCGCCACCCAGCUGGAGAGAUGCAAGCUGGGAUCAGAGGCAGGCAGCAUGAGCAGCAUCAGUUCAACCGAUGAGCAAUUUCGCUGGAACGCACAAGCAGACGGACAAAAGGAUAUCGAGGACGAGCUGACAACAGGUUUGGAGUUGGUGGAUUCCUGCAUUCGUUCCCUCCAGGAAUCAGGGAUACUUGACAGUGGAGAAAGACCAGCUCUUCUUUCCCAGAGUUCCUUGCAGCUCAACUCCACCCCGGAGGCUUCGCUCCAGUACUCUGCCAGCUACCAUAGCAACCAGACCCUCGCCCUUAGCGACAGCAUCUCCGCAGCAACUCCUCAGCGCAGCGGGCAGGUUGGCGGAGCCGUGCACAGCUACAACCAGGUGACAUCCAGUCGUGCAGCUCAGCAGCAACAAUCACAAAGUGGGGCAGGGUCAGGUAUCUACUACUCCAGCUCCACCUUACCCACUCAGCGUGUCAGUUCUCCUCUGUCUGGAGGAGGUGGGGGUUCAGGCUCCGGUUCUCCUAGCAAGCUUCAACGUCUGGGAUCAGCUUCUGACACGCCAGGGUACUCAACCACCCAACGCCUACCUUCUUCCUCCUCCUCCUCCUCCCCCAGCAAACAGUCCCCUGCUAAUCGUUUGGCCAAGUCAUACAGUACCACAGUUGCUGUGACAACAGCAGGAGGAGGUGGGUCUCCCCUGAGGGUGGCAUCUCCACCCAACUCCACUGCAGCAGGGGGAGGGGCAAGCUCAUCAUCAUCCCCUCUUCACCAGAUGAGUUCAGGCAUAGGGAGCUAUGCCACUUUGUCUCCUAAACGGCUGGCAGCUCACCACGCUUCUGACCAGUACAAGAUCUCCCACGAGCUCUACGCUACUGCUACACUGCAGAGACCUGGAAGUCUGGCAGGCUCUCGUGGCUCCUACAGUAGUCAGCACAGUCAGGAGCCCCUUCGGCCCUUAGGGUCCCCAGAACAUCACAUAGACCCCAUCUAUGAAGAACGUGUCUAUCACAACAAAGGCCCCAUGAGGAGUCUGAGCCAGAGCCAGGGUCCGGACACAGGCCCCUAUCGAAACAAUACUGCUCCCUCCUCCCCUGGUGUGGACUCCGCCCCUUUGCAGCGUACAGGAAGUCAUGGUACAGGGACGGGAAAUUACAGCCGUGGGGGCACCAACAAUUAUGCCACUGUGGGUCCAGGUUACACCUCAAGCGGAGGUGGUGGAGGGGGAGACGUGUACGGCUCAGACCCUUAUGUGGCGGACCCGUACCGCACCCUGCAGUACUGCCCUUCUGUAGUGGAAUCACCCUACAGCAAAUCUGGACCAGCCCUGCCGCCUGAAGGAAGCCUGCAGCGUUCACCUUCUAUUGACUCUAUUCAGAAAGACCCCAGAGAGUUUGGGUGGAGAGAUCCGGAGCUGCCAGAGGUGAUCCAGAUGUUACAGCACCAGUUCCCAUCAGUGCAGUCCAAUGCUGCUGCGUACCUACAGCAUCUCUGCUUCGGAGACAACAAGAUCAAAGCUGAGAUUCGCCGACAAGGAGGAAUCCAGCUCCUGGUGGACCUACUUGACCACAGGAUGAGUGAGGUUCAUCGUAGUGCCUGUGGAGCCUUGAGGAACCUGGUGUAUGGCAAAGCAAAUGAUGAGAACAAGGUGGCCCUAAAGAACUGUGGGGGGAUCCCUGCUUUGGUCCGCCUGCUAAGGAAGACCGGAGAUGUGGAAAUCAGAGAGCUGGUCACAGGUGUGCUCUGGAACCUGUCGUCAUGUGAUGCACUGAAGAUGCCAAUCAUUCAAGAUGCCCUGGCGGUUCUGACCAAUAGUGUCAUCAUACCCCACUCCAACUGGGACUCCUCCCCCAAUCACCAUGAUGAUCACAAGCUCCACCUCCACACAUCACAGGUGCUUCGCAACGCCACAGGCUGCCUCAGGAAUGUGAGUUCUGCAGGUGAGGAAGCAAGGCGAAGGAUGAGGGAGUGUGAUGGGCUGACAGAUGCUCUGCUCUACGUCAUCCAGACCUCUCUGGGCAGCAGCGAGAUCGACAGCAAGACUGUAGAGAACUGCGUUUGCAUCCUGAGGAACUUAUCGUACCGUUUGGCUGCUGAGACUUCCCAUGGCCAACAGGGGGGGUUGGAGGAGCUGGACGGCCUGCUCUGCGAUGCCAAUGGGCGUGAUGGAGAGAGCUCUGGCUGCUGGGGCAAAAAGAAGAAGAAAAAGAAGGGAGCCGAGCAGUGGGAUGGCGUAGGUCCCUUUCCAGACACAGCUGAGCCCCCAAAAGGGGUUCAGAUGCUGUGGCACCCCACUAUCGUCAAGCCCUACCUCACCCUGCUGUCUGAAUGCUCAAAUCCCGACACCUUGGAGGGAGCAGCUGGAGCUCUGCAAAACCUGGCCGCAGGCAGUUGGAAGUGGUCGGUCUAUAUUCGUGCUGCGGUCCGUAAAGAGAAGGGCCUUCCCAUCCUGGUGGAGUUACUGCGGAUAGACAACGAUAAGGUGGUGUGUGCCGUGGCCACAGCUCUUCGAAAUAUGGCCCUGGACAUCAGGAACAAGGAGCUCAUCGGUAAAUAUGCCAUGAGAGAUUUGAUCCAUCGGUUACCAGGCAGUAGUAGCAGCAACAAUAACGCCACCAGCAGUGCAACGUCCGGGACCACAGGUCCUCCCAGCAAGACCAUGUCAGAUGAUACUGUAACUGCCAUCUGCUGUGCACUGCAUGAAGUCAUCACCAAGAACAUGGAGAAUGCCAAAGCACUACGCGAUGCUGGUGGCAUCGAAAAACUUAUCGGCAUCGCCCGCAGCAAAGGGGACAAACACUCAGCCAAAGUGGUAAAGGCAGCCUCUCAGGUCCUCAGCAGUAUGUGGCAAUACAGAGACCUGCGCUCCCUCUACAAGAAGGAUGGUUACUCUCAGUAUCACUUCGUGGGAUCUGCCUCAACGAUAGAAAGAGACAGACAGAGGCCCUACUCCUCCUCACGAACUCCCUCUGUCUCCCCUGUUAGGACGUCUCCAAAUAAUCGUUCCGCAAGCGCUCCAGCCUCCCCCAGAGAGAUGAUGAGUCUGAAGGAACGCAAGAUGGACUAUGAUUCCACGGCAACCAAUGCUGGUUUCCAUAGCAACAAAGGAGAGCACACAUCCCGGAAAGACGGCAUGGCAGUUCAAGUAUCCUGUGGGACAUCUACGUUAUUCCGAAAUUCUUACCUGACCACCAGUGAUGAUAUCAAGCAAAACCAGGCUCCAGCCCAGCCCUGUGUCGUGCCUCCCCAACCCCAGCAGGACAGCCCAUCAGCAGCUGUGCUAAAAGACUACGACCCCUAUCCUCCUCCUCCUUCCUUCCCCCAGCCGCAGCCACCACAGCCUCCACCUCACAGCCAGAGCCGGAGCUUUGACGAGGCUUACUACGAAGAACAGGGACCUCCUCCUCCGCCUCCAUCCCAGCCACAGCCCCAGAUCCCAGCGCAGGCCCAGCCUCAAGCCCAACCACAGCAGCCUCCAAGCUCCACUGGACCACCCCGGGAUCCAAGAGAAGACCUGCGCAUGCAUCUGGGCCUCAAAUCCACUGGCAACUACGUAGACUUCUACUCGGCCUCUCGGCCAUACAGCGAACUGAACUACGAGACCAGCCACUACCCGGCCUCGCCUGACUCCUGGGUUUAGUUAGACUAUGUUAAGGGGGGGGCAAGAGAGAGUCUGCGUGUACGUGUGUGAAAGGGAUUAUUUUUGCAAGCGAUCAACAACAAAUUAUUACAAGGUUGCAGCAAGUGGCAAUGGCAAAGUUCUCUCAAUUAAAGGGAACACAGAAGUAGGCAGGGUAGAAAAGCAAAGGACGGUCGAGUGACAAAGAGUGACUGUGCAUGUGCAUGCCGGCAUUUUCUUUUUUUUGUUUUCCCAGACUGCUUUAUUUCCUCAAAGUCAGCUCCAUUGCACCGGUGAGUGGAUAAGGAGCAAGUGGGAGUGGAAACUGUAUGAAGUGUGUUUGAGAAGGUGAAAGAGGAGUGGGCAGGGGAAUAGAUAAAAAGACAAAACAACCAGGUGUAGAGAGUACAGAGAGGUCUAAAGAGGAAGAAAUAGAUGAGAUCAAGAAAUAAUGGGGAGUGGGUGAACAAGAGCUCUUACUUUAUUGGACUAUGAAGUCGCCCGACCUUUUGUCUAAGACAGAGAGAGGACGAGAGGAGAAACCUAGAUGGCAUGAGGGUUCUUGAGGAGGACAGAAAGAAUAAAAGCACAGAGAAAGAUGAAAGCACAUCAGGGACAAGGAAAGAAGUGGAUGUUUACCAUUUCACCCAAGUGACAAACGUAGCACUGCUUUUAUCCCCUCUUUUUUUGCGUCGGCCUUGUUGCCUACAGAGCCUUCUUAUUUGUUUUCAAGGAAUGUCAUCUGUAAGAGACUUCUUUUCGCCAUCAUUCUUUUGCAUCUUUUUUUAUUUGUACUUUUCUAAAUUUUCACUCGAAACAUUUUUUAAUUUCUUUGUACAGUUCAAAGGUGAUAUAGUGUGUAUAUUACACGUUUUUGAUGGGGCCACUUAUGAAAAUAUGUUUUUUUUUUCCCAUGACUACUGACUAAAAACAACAAAAGCAACAACAAGAAAAAUAAGUGAAACGAGAACACAAGAAGCAGAAAAGACGUUGUCAGUGGACACUUCCGUUCUGCCCUUUUUCCAGCUGGAGAGGAAGCCCUGCAGUAUUUGUGUUUUUCUCUCUCCAUCAGGUGAAUUCUGUUCAUGCUCAUGGACAUGCUCAAACGUCAAGAGCACUUUAAGGCUGCCAGAGCAUCUGAUUGGCAGAGCAGCGUUGCUCCUGAGUCCCCGUCAACAAAAGUGCUUUUUCACUGCCUAAACAAUACAUGUCUAUGUUUAAAGCACACUGUCUUUGAAUGGGAGAGUCUUUUCCUUUUAAGGAUCUAAUAUGUUUGGCCAUGUUAACUUUUAGUGGAUUUUCAUCAUCACUUGUGCAUAAAAACUGUUCUGUCCAGUUAGAGCCACAGUGAAUAUCGUACAACUCUGUGUACACUAGAAAUAAAGAGAAAGAGCAAGAAAUGACAUUGUGCCAAACUUUGACACCUCAUGGACCAGUCCUAAAGGACUUUAAAGGGACAUUUUGUCGAAGUUUACAGACAAUGACUGGAUGACUCCCUCUGCCCUUUCUACCUUUUAUUUCCAUGUGUUUUGAUCAGGUGAGGACGUAUUUAUCACUGGGGAUCAUGGGUAACAUCUCCCUCCCAUAAAUGUACAGACCUGCCUCUCUGUGUUGGCUGAGCAUGUGUGAGUGUGCGAUUGUGUGGACGUGUGUGUGAGGGUGUGUGUGUGUCUGUGUAUGUGUGCAUGUAUGUGACUGAAUGCGUGGCCCGUGUGUACAUGUAAACUUGAGCGAGCGUAUCUAUGCAUGCAUGUGUGUAGUAGUGUGCGUAUGCCCCUGUUGCGUGUAUGUAUGUGCGUGUGCGUUCCUGUAUAAAUCAAUGUCCAAACAAGGCAUUCCUACUGACAGGUUGUCCAGUUUUACAACAUGAAAAACCAAGAUAAAAAUCACUAGAAUGAAAUGUUGAUAUAGAAUGGCAAAUCUAUAAAUAUAUGAAUAUAAAUAUAAAUAUAAAUAUAUAUAUAAUUUUUAUGUGCAGAUGUCAGUGUCUCUAAAUGCAACAAAUGUUCACAGAGAAAAAUGACUAUGUGGUGUACAACAGGACUCUUAUUCACUUGACCUAAAUGUGGAAACUGCUGAUCGGGCCCCCCCUAUCUCCAAUCAAGACAAAAGAAAUAUCCCACCUGAAAAUGCUCAGGCUCUGGUGCGAGUUGUGUGUUAUUGUGUGUCCAUGCUUCUUAGAUGACCCUGCUGAGAGAGGACCGUACUUGAACACAAGGAAAAAUAAAAAGACUCUUUGCAAUCAAA